AAUAAAAAAAACUUAAGUAACAUUGCCUUCAAGAGCUUGUUUUUUUUAUUUUGAGGCGUGUUGCAAUGAGAUUGAUGAUGAAGCUUAUAGCUUAUGCAUAAAUUUUUAAUAUAUUUCAUUUCACGCUCGAGUUUCUUCUGAAAGAAAUUCAUUUGUCUAUGCAGCUAACACAAGGAUACUAAAAUGUAUUAAAAUAUCAAAAUCUUAAAGCGGUUUUAUUUCCUACAUGUUUUCACUCAUGCUUAAUGAAAGAAAUUCUAUGGGGAGUUGGCAGUUGUGAAUAUCGCUUGCUCUAUCUAUCCAUGUCCCGUGCUUCGCACGUGGAUAAUAAAAAAUAUGAUUUAAGAUAUAACGUAAUUGCUUAGGUGCUUGUAAUCUCACACGUGGCUAUAUGUUUCCUGUGAAAUAAAUAACCGACUCAAUUUGGUAGCAUUUAAGCAUUCGAGCGGAUAAACGAAAUAAAAAAUGCUUUGAAUCAAUUGGCUGAUAGAAUAAUACCCCUGUUUAGCCCUUAUUUCCUUUUACGUUAUGUAUGAUUAAUAUUUUAUAUCGAAUGAUUCAACUGUCCUAUCUUUUGUUAUUUUUUGCAAGAUGCUUUUUUUAUUCUCGUGUUUAAUCUCAAUUCGUUGAAGUGAAAACCAUGGAGGUUUUCACUUGAAAAUUAGGAUAACAUUUUUGCUACCUCCACCGCCCUAAUUAGGUUUUUAUGACGUCACAUGACGUUUCUGUUUGUGCAAGAUUUCUCUCCACACUGAAAUACACCUGGUUUUCUGUCGCACUUAAUUUAUUUAAUACUUUGAAAGCGAGUUCUGAUAGUGGUUGAAAUUUUUUUUAAAAAUGUUGAUAUACAUUGAAUUACUGAUUUAAAAGUCAUUUAAAGUAUUUAUGCCAAACUGUAUUUAAAUUUUAAAGUUUUUAUCUUUGGAAUUGCAAGGAUAAAUUACUUCGGAGUGUGAAAGCGUUUUUUAUGCAAAUGUAUAGAUAGACCAGAUGGAAAGCUCUCAUUGAAGCUUAGUUCAGAUUCGUCAUACGGGACAACAAAAAAACCGAUCAUCCCUUGAUAUUACAAAAAUUAGAAUCACUCCAUAUUUGUCCUCCAGUGUAGAUGAUAACUAUGUAAGUGGAUGUAAUAUAAAAUUUUAUCAAAUUCUACUACCACGUGAAAACUUGCUAUCCGAAAAAAUUAAGCUCUUCCCGACGAAUCUUUAGCUACAUGGUAAAUUACUGUCUCGAUAUCUCCUUGCAUGGUGCUUUUUUGGCUAUAUACGACUUUUUUUGUUUUUUUUAGAGUUUUCCAUCUUCUCACUCCUCCAUUCCUACUAACGUAUUCACCGUUCAGUCACAUUUUCUAGUGUUUUCUUUAUUCGUUUUAGAAUUUUUUGUUUUUUCCUUUUCUUUGUUCUACAUCUUUUUAUGAGAGAGUACUUGCAAUUAUUCUGACAAGGUCUUUGCAUUGAGCAAAUAAACAACCAGACGGAGAGUGUCAAUUAGCUAGCCUUAAUUAACCAAUUAAGGCAGCUAUAGUUUUAACAAUAUAAUUUCAUUGUAAUUGAAAAUAUAUUCAGCUCUGAUUUCUCACAGGGAAUUAAGAAGAAAUCUGCAUCAAAUUGUUGAGCGAAAAAACGUUAGAAAAGAUAACUUAUUUUCUUUUUACUGAAAAAGUUUGGUGUUGCCAUAUUGCAUGAGCUAUUUAUGAGAUACGUUGGUUUGUUUGUGUGGAUGUCUAUUCGUUGUUCGGGCUUCUGACAACUGACAUGUAAGAACAUGACAUGGCUGACCACAUUCUACCUACGAGCAUUUGUCGUGAUUCUUCAAGUAGCUCUUAUAUUCUCAGAUGAAAAUGGGCCCAUGCCGGGCUUCAAGCAACAACCUGCAGAUACGCUAGCUGAAUCAGAGAAUAUAACAAUACUUUGCGACGUAAAAGGGGACAAACUAUAUAAUAUUACAUGGCUUAAAGAUGAUCAGAAUUUAGAUUUAAAGCAUUCUUAUUUAACUAUAUCGGCCGAAGGCUCACUUAAUAUAUUUAACGCGCAAAGAAGACGAGACCAAGGAAAAUACAGGUGUAUUGUCGCAAAUUCAUUUGGAACUGUAAGAAGCAGGGAAGCAGAACUUUCUUUCCCUUAUUUGGACAGAAUUACGGAGCACACUAUGACACGAAUUGUAAAAAAUGAAGGAAUGAGCGCAAUUUUGCCGUGUAACCCACCAAACUCGAAUCCACCUGGUCAUAUUGAAUGGGACAUGACAGGAAAGGUUCUACAACUUGGUUCCUCACACUUUAGUAAAAGUCUAGAUGGGGAUUUGUAUUUUGCUUAUACUAAAAGUACUGACCACGGGACAUACCGUUGCGAUAUUGAUAAUGACCAUUUGGGACAGUAUAGAAGUAAAACAGUCGUGCUAGAAGUUCGGCCUAAAAACAAACAUCGAAAUGUGAAACCAGGUGUUUUUUUGUUCAAAAAUAAAAUAGCCUUGGAAAACUCGAAUUUUAUCUUGGAAUGUAUUUCAUCUGGAAGACCAAUUCCUGACAUGAAAUUGAUACAAACAAGCACAGGAAAAGAACUAACAACAGCAAAGAAAAAAGGAAAUAAUUUAAGAUUUACAUUCGGAAAAUUUACCGCAGAGCAUGCUGGACAAUACAAAUGUGAAGUCAGCAGCAGCAAUGGACAAGCCAGCUCUACAGCAUAUAUUUCAAUGAGAGCCAAACCGAAAUUCAAAGUACAUCAAUACACUAGAAAAACUGUAGUGGAUGUUUCGUUCAAGCUACCAUGUGUAGCUACCGCGAUUCCCGAAGCAAAGUAUACAUGGUUUUACAAUGGAAUACAGCUACAUCCCAAAACUAGAGGACUUUCAAUUUAUAAUGGCAACUUGACUAUAUAUAACAUGCAUAAAUGGAAUCAAGGUGUUUAUCAGUGUGCAGCUCGAAAUGCAUAUGGUGAAGAUAUUCUGACAGUGUAUGUGGAAGUUUUUGAGUAUAAACCAGAAUUUGUAGAUAACAGCAACGGAGCAAGAAUUGAACGAACUAUCGUCGGAAUCACGAAAGAAAUAAGCUGCCUACCCAUGGGUGCACCCAAGCCUGAGGUCAAAUGGGUAAAACAACAUGUAUUGAAUUUAAUGAAAAAUGAAAGAUUUACCAAGCUAUCUACAAAUUCACUGAGAAUAAAAAAUGUUAAAAAGUCGGACGAGGGAACUUACGAGUGUAUAGCAUCAAAUAAAAAAGGAUACGCGGUGCAAAAAACCAUACUAAGAGUUGAGGAUAGCAUUGCAAUAACCCAACGUUUAACAAAGAACAAUACACUCACCGUUGGAGAAGAUAUGGUACUGACCUGUAAAAUUGAAAAAAGAUCUGGAAUCGAAGUGUUAUUUAAAUGGUACAAAGGUCGACGACUCUUGAAAAGUAAACGAAAUCAAAUCACUAUACAGAAAAUAUCCUCCGUGCAAUCGAAACUGACUAUAAAAAAUGCACAGCAAACUCAUUCUGGACAAUAUACGUGUAAAGUAAUAGGUGGCGGAAAUGCUGAAGAAACAGAGCGGAUCUAUGUGUACGGCCCUGGAGACGGCACAACAUUAACGAUCAAGACAACAGCAACGACCGUGCCAAACACGGAGAAAGAUAUAUUAGGUGAUGAUCGACCUGACCCUCCAAUGCUUACAAGCGUAGUCCCAAAAACUGGCGCGGCUGUGAAGAUCACUUGGAAGAUGCAGAAAGACAAUGGUGAUAAGGCAUUUCAAGUUUAUAUACAAGCAAAAGCAAACUUUGAAGGUUCUGAUUGGAAAACAAUAAAAAUAUCUAAUAAGACCUCAGAUUCUAAAGAGACAGAAGUAGUACAGCUCUCUCCGUGGGUGACUUAUGAGAUUGCGCUAAGGGCUGAAAAUAGAUACGGAAUAAGUCGUCGCGGUAAGGAAAGUACGAAAUCGAUUAAAACUCCAACAGCAAAGCCAAUUAAGUAUCCUCAGAAUCUCCAAGGAAUUGGCAUUUCGCCUAACGAACUGAGAAUUAGCUUCGAUCCUUUAGCAGAAAUAGAUCAGAAUGCUCCUGACAUAAAAUACAUUGUCUAUCAUCGAGAAGUGAAUGGCACAUAUGAUAUGGUCUCAAAUAUUAUUGAAGACGGGCAGAAUUAUGUAGUAUUGCAAUUCCACAAUCAGGACUCGUACUACAAAAAAUAUGAAUUUCAAGUACAGGCUAAAAACAAUGAAGGUUUCGGACCAAAAAGCCCAGUGCAAACUGCAUAUACUGGAGAACGAAGACCACUAGUUGCACCAGAUAAUCUGAAAGUGAAAAUUCUAUCUCCUAAAACUGCUUUGGCCACUUGGAAUAACGUUUCUACGACUCGUACUCGACUUCGUGGACAUAUGAAAGGAUAUAAGUUACUAUAUUGGCAAAAGUCGAGUUCAACGUACGGCAGCAAUGAAAACUACAUAAGAUCAAAAACAAAUAGAGCCACGAUUGUUAGAUUACGACCAUAUACGGAGUAUUACUUUGCAGUGAUGGCAUACAAUGAUGCUGGUAAUGGACCAGAAAGCUUUCGAAUUGGUCCCAUUAGAACCCCGGAAGCAAAACCAACUCAGCCUGCUAAUUUUCAAGUCACUGAAGCUAGCAAUACUUAUAUAAAAUUAUCAUGGGAUGAACCACUGUACGCGCAUGGUGAAUUAAUCAAAUACAUUCUCAGAUAUCAAACGUCAAGUGGAAUUGAAGUAUCUGAAACAUUGCAAAUUACAAAAACAUCACACUUGUUGCAAGAUUUAUCACCAUCUAAAUUGUAUAGAUUUAAACUUUCCGCGGUUAACAAUGCAGGGGAAGGAAGUUAUGCAGAAGUACAAUUUGACUUCUCAAGAGUACCAAAAAUAAAACCUGAAAAACCUAACGUUGCAUCAGUGGGUCACAAUGCUAUUGGAUUAUCGUGGACACCGGUUUCUGCUGUAGAUAUCACAGGUUACAUGAUAUUUUACCGAAGUAAAGGAGUUUCAGAAAAAGUUCGCGCAAUGUGGGAAGAUCGUGACGAUGUUGCCACUACUAUUAAGAACUUGGAAGAGCAUACCACGUAUUACAUUCAAAUCGCAGUACAAAAUGAUUAUGGCAUUGGUCCACGUUCAGAUAUUACCAAGACAAGAACGAAAAGCAAAGCUACAGAAAAACCAAAGACCAUUGCAGGCUCAAAUGAAAAGUCAAAAAGUCGUAGUAACGAGUUAAAAAUAACUAACUACGUCAUCAUUAUACUAAUAUUGGUGGCCAUAUUGGUUCCAAGAUGAAGUGUACCCAUGCGUUAAAAUUGAUGUAAGUUUUCAGCGUCAGCAAAAAAAGUUAAGUAAGACGCAAUAGGAAUAACAUAUUGUCACAUCAAGAACAUGGCGCGUGUCGUGUGCUGUUAGAAGAGAAUAACGAAUUGGAAAAAUGGGGGGAAACAUCUUCCACUGAUAUCAACAGCAACGUGAACGCUUUUCGCCAAAAGUCGUAACCUAAGAAAGAAAAUAAUGUGCAAAACUUUCAAGACAUUUAAACUUAUUCUGUACAGUUAAAGCAGAAGUAAAACACAGUAAUAUAAUAACAUCAUUUUUAUGUAUUUUUUUUUUUAUUUUUCAUUUUUUGUUUUCUUGUUUGGUAAAUAAAAAAAGAUUUUAAGCCUGUAUCUAAAUGCUUUGCGCUAAAUUGCCAUUCGCACCAUAUAUGAUGCCAUUAAGCUGUGAAGCAGCCAUUAUGGUUAUAAAUUGAUUUCAAGCUUUUUAAGAAAAUAUUCUGUUAAGUUAUUUUGCAGAACUGUUGUUACGUUUGUUUAUAGCUAGUAGUUUGAACAUUUGUGUUUGUUUGUUUGUUUGUUUUUUAACUUUGCAACCUGCUUUUUUCUGCUUACCGACAUUAUAGCUGUGUCCUUCAAAACAAGCUACAGAACAUUAUUUCUAAUUGGCAAUUUCCCUUUUAAAUACUUCACAAUUUCGAGCUAAUGUUGCAUUUUUAAACUAGCCUAGAUUCCGAACUAUUAUUAUUCAAACUCGGUUGCAAGUUUUUUCGUUUUUUUUUUUUCAUUUAACAUUUACAGGGCAACUGGCAUUUUUAUCUUGGCAAAUAAAUACUUUUUAUUUUUAUAUAUAUAACAUAUUUAAAUUGAGCCACCCCGUUGGAUGAACAAUUCCCUUACCUUUUUAUAACAAGAAUAUAUAUAUGGAACUGAACUAAAAA